AUGCAUGAGCAAGUCAAUUGGCAAGGCUGGGACUUGCUGCGACGACGGCCCCCAGGACAGCAACUCUUGAUGUCCGGCCAAGCUGGAGCCGGAGCUGCGUCAGUCAGGUCACUGGCCUUAUCGAGAAGUGAUCGACCAGUCCAGACAUACGGAGUACACCUGCUUCGUCAUGCUUCAGAAGGCAGCAACUGGGAAAAGUGGCUGGGCCAAUCGAAGUCGACCACGACCAGUCUCUUGACGACGUCUGCGGGCAUGAUUCGAUGCAACCAGCACCGGCUGCAGCCAUCACACAAGAGGCUGGGAAGCCCCGGGACUCUUCGCGCCGUAAAGGUCGUCACCCUGGACUUUGAAGCCCGCGUCCCCGUGCCCUUUAGCGUCUUUCCCUCCGCCUACAGAGAGAAAGAGGUUGAAACCAAGACAACAAAGACCCACGAGGAGAUCGAAGUCAAGCUUUCCGACAAGCCCGGACGAGAAGGUCAAUUCUCUUCUGUCUCCGCCUCGGUCCAGGUCCCUCCUCGUCAAGAGCAGCGCAUCAGCGAACAAGAGGUCCGAUUCACGCGCGAAGAAGAACGUUACCCUCGUCCCGGUGUCCAGGUUACCAGCGAGCGUUUCGAACAACACAGACCAUCCUACUCCUCCUUCACCGAGACAUCUGUCGAGGUCGACCGCAAGCACAUCCCCCAGUACAGCAGCAUCGACCGCAUUGAGCGUGAAUACCGUGCUCGUGCCCAGCCCAGCUACAAGGAGUCCUUCCACGUAACCGGUGCCACCGUCGACCCUCCUCGCUCCACCGCCUCCUACUCCCACCAGGCUCCCGUCACAGGUACCACUGUCGACGGCUUCCAGGACUACCCUUCCUACCCUUCUGCUCCCGCCCCCGUCACCGGUGUUACCGUCGACGCUUCCAAGCCCGUCCCUACCUACACCAAGGAGACCAAGGUCGUCGAGGAAACUAUCCAGUAUCCUCGCUACACUUCCCCGACUUCUCAAAAGUCUAGAAUGGGUUAUUACGACGAAGACGGCCACUACCACUCCAUUCGUCACGGUCUGCACAAGAUGGCUGACAAGAUCCUCCCCCACUCUCACCACCACCACCACCAUGAUGUGGAGGUUGUUCGGGAGAGCGCCAGCGUUGCUGCCCCUGCGCCUGCCUCUAUCCCCAACACCGUCACCAUCCCCUGCCACCACAUCCGCAUGGGUGACAUCCUGAUGCUCCAGGGCCGCCCCUGCCAGGUCAUCCGCAUCUCCACCUCUGCUGCCACUGGCCAGCACCGCUACCUCGGUGUUGACCUCUUCACCAAGCAGCUGCACGAGGAGUCUUCCUUCAUCUCCAACCCUGCCCCCAGCGUUGUUGUCCAGACCAUGCUUGGCCCCAUCCUCAAGCAGUACCGCGUCCUCGACCUCCAGGAGGGCAACGUCGUCGCCAUGACCGAGUCCGGUGAGGUCAAGACCGGCCUGCCCGUCAUCGACCAGGGCGGCCUCUGGGAGCGCCUCUCCCGCGCCUUCUCCACCGGCCGUGGCUCCGUCCGCAUCCUUGUCAUCUCCGACAACGGCCGCGAGCUCGCCGUCGACUCCAAGGUCGUCCACGGCUCUUCUUUGUAA